UAACCUUCCUUUUUACCAUAGUUUCUGUGCGGUGUACACGUGUUUUCCGAUAUGGCACCCGUUGAAAAAGCUAAAAAAGCCGUUAAAUCGGGCAAAAAAGUUACCAAACAUCCAUUAAAUACUUACCUCCAUGGCGGUGUCUUGCGUUACUCCAAGAGCCAGAUGUACAAACGCCGUGCUCAAUGGCGUUUGAAGGGUACCAAGCGUCCAGUCGUCAAGACUGCCAAGACCGAAAUCAAGAAGGUCAAGAAAAUCGGUGGCCCCAAGAACGGUGGUGAACGUACCGUCUACAUGAAGAAGCCCAAGGCUAACUACCCCACCAAGAAGUUCGUAGGCAAGCGUGCCGCCAAGGCUACCUUCAGCCAACACAAGCGCAAUGUUCGUCGCAACCUUAAGCCCGGUACCGUCCUCAUCUUGUUGGCCGGCCGUCAUCAAGGCAAACGUGUUGUUUUGUUGAAAUCCUUGUCCUCCGGUCUCUUGUUGGUCACCGGUCCCUUCUGCUUGAACUCCUGCCCAUUGCGUCGCGUUUCUCAACGUUUCGUUAUCGGCACCUCCACCCGCGUCAACUUGGGUGACUACAAAGUACCCGAACACUUGGACGAUGCCUACUUCCGUCGCUUGAAGGUCAAGAAGGACAAAAAGUCCGGUGAAGGUGAUAUCUUCGCUGCCAAGAAGGAACGUUUCGUUCCCAACGAAGCCCGCAAGAAGGACCAAAAGGAAGUCGAUGCUGCUGUCCUCAAGGCCAUUAAGGCCAACGAAGAUGGCAAAUUCCUCGCCAAAUACUUGAAGAGCAUGUUCGCCUUGCACUCUUCUCAAUAUCCCCAUCGCAUGAGAUUCUAAACGUUUUAAAUUUAGAAUUUUUAAGUUAAAUUUUAUCGUGUGAUGUGUGUGAAAGGAAGAAAGGAAAUUUAAUGCUUUUUUUAAUAUAAACAAUUUACUAAGUAAAAGUAAACUGGACAAAAAAUCUUGUUUUGUAAAAUAAAAAGACUUACAAAAUUAUCCAAAAAAAAAAA